AUGGUUAAAUGUUUCAACACAUUUGUAGUUGGUACCGAUCAAAAGGGGGAAACAUUUUGGAGUCGAAUUCAUAGUUACUGUGUAGAAUUUUACUCCGACAUGACAAGGGAGGUAAUUGCAUGUAAGAAACGAUGGUAUAAGAUCAACAAGGAUGUUGCACAAUUUGUUGGUUGCUACGAUCAAGCUAGUCGAAACAUAAGGAGUGGUUCGAACGCUGAUGAUAUAAAAGAGUUGAGUGGCGGCUCAAAGAGAACCAAGGUUAGUGCAACUGGAGCAUACUCAUCCUCAUCAAACCCAGAAACACCGUUGGCUGACGAACCCGGUGUGGACUCUCCCGUUCGCCCACAAGGAUCAAAGAAGAACAAGCAAAAUGGUAAGGAAAAAGCACAAAUGUCUGAAGAUUUUAGCGAAAGAAAAUCAUCGGUUGUCAAAAAAUUAUCUCUCAUGGAAGAUUUUAAGAAUGUUAGAGAAAGAGAACUAAUGGAUAGGGAAAAAAAAAGAGAAGAUGAGAAGGAACAUAGAGCAAAGAUUUUGGCAAUCAAAGAGAAGGAGUUACAAAUUCAAGCGGCAAUGAAAGAACAAGAAUUACAAACUCAGAGGUAUAUUAAAGAAAUUGAGAUAAAAGCAAAAGAAAGGGAGAUGGAAAGGAUGGCCAAGGAAAGGGAAAGGGAGAUGGAUAUGCAAAUACUUAAUGCUGACACGUCUACAAUGAGUGAAAAACGACGAGCUCUUCAUGAGAUUGCAUGUGAGAAAAUAAUCACCAAGUGGUUUACUUAA